AUGUCCCAGAAGUUCCUUCUGAAAAACGUGAAGCUCAAAAUGACGAGGAAUCUCAACUACCUCGCAACUCUUAUCACAGAGGCCAACGAAUACCGGGAAUGGGAAUUCCCUUCUACCAUACCUGAACUCGAGCUUUUCCUUCUCUCAAACCGACAACGACUCCAAAAUUUGAUUUCAACAAUCAAGAGCCGCAGAGAAUACAUUAUCGAGUAUUACAAUAAUUGCAACAAUACAAUAAACGAUCUCCUAUUACAGGAGGAACAAUCCAAAGUUGAGCAAGAAUUCGACGAGUACUGGGUAGAGAAAAAAGGUGAAACACUGCUUCAAGAAGCAGAGUAUGUUGUACGCCAACUCGAGAAAAGACUAGUAGAGCUCGAAUGUCAAGAAACAAUCAUGAAACAAGACAUCUCAAAGAAAACAGGUCAAACACCUUCAAUCUCAAUAAGCCACCAAAUAAAUCCUAACUCCGCUGAAACUCAGACUCAGCUAGUGACUCCACCCGUUGCGCCACAACUAGGAUACAUGUUAGAAAGGCGCCUCCUAGGUAAUGAACUCAAAAUACCUCAAUUCAAUGGUAAACCUUCAGAAUUCGCCCCUUUUUGGGAGCUAUUCGAAGAGUUAGUGCAUAAACAACCGUACUCCAAUAUAGAAAAACUUUCAAUUCUUCUUAGCAGCUGUAAAGGAGAUGCGGCCAGAGCACUUCAAAUGAUUCCACGAACAGGGGAUUCGUACGAAAAAGCUAUUUCCCAGCUCAAAGCUCAAUACGAAGAUCCUAAACAAAUAACCCUACAAAUGAUACGUCAGCUCAAAUCCAUGAAGCAAUGCCGAGAAGACGCCAGAUCACUUAGAAACAACCUUAGCGACGUUCACGCGGUAAUAGCAACGUUGGAAAGACAAGGCGAAACUGUUAAUACAACAUACAUGCAAAGCAUGGUGCUUGAAACUUUCCCCCAAACAAUUCAAGAUGAAAUGGCCAAGAAGGAGUUCGACUCAGAUAAAACUUGGACAAUGACGGAAUUGCUAGACAAUCUAACGCUGGCGGUCAAACGCAAAGAACACAUCGCAAAUCUUAAAAACACAAGCAACAACGAAUAUUCUGUUUUCCAUACUAGUACAAGAACAACUCAAUUAACACGAUGCGUUGGAUAGGAAAUGAAUCUUCCCAUAAGAAAUGAGACCACAAUCAGAGUGAAUACAUUUGGAGGCAGAGCAGAAAAGAAGCGUGUAAGGCGAGUCGUUGGUCAACUAUUCAAUGCCAAAGGAGAGCACAUUACAAUUGAAUUUAUGACCAAUGAUAAAAUUACACCUCCUCUUCGAUUCGGAGGCAUUUCACCACAAGACGAAGCAUUCAUCUAUGAACACUUUCCAAAAGAAGAUGCAAACACUAUGGUUGGAACUGCGGCGGAAACUAUAACACCUGGGAUUCUGAUCGGCAUAGACUACUUCAACUCAAUCAUGAGUCUUCGUCAACCUAUUACACGCCUCCCAUCUGGGUUGUUUAUAACUUCAACUUUCUUUGGUGCGGUUAUAUCGGGCACACCUCACAAGAUGAUGCAGAACAAACACCUUUCUACGAACGUAUAG